AUGUUUUUAAGUAAUGCGCCAUUAUUUGUUACAGUAAAAGUAGAAGUGCACUCCAGCAGCAGUGGAGCAGGGUCAGAUGAGAACCUGUCAUCCUCCGACCUAUCCGAGCGAUCUGGCGACCAUGAAAAUGACUACGAAGACAUUUACCUAGUGCGAGAAGAAUCCAAGAAGAAGAAUUUCGAUCGGACAAACAGCCGUUCUCAUUCCAGAGAUUCCGGGUCUCACAGCCGCUCCGGCUCCGUCAGUUCUUCCAACUCCGGCUGUAAUGUGGUGGUCAAGCUUACUUCAAGUACCAACGGUUCAAAUAACAAUGGAAGUAACAAUGUCAGUAACAGUAAUAACGCGAACCAAACGAAUCAAGCUGUCAUUGCUAAUAAUAGUAAUACUCAAGAGAAGACUACCACGUAUAAAACGAACGAAUUCCUACCAAAACCGCAAAAGUAUGAGAAAGUUGAGAAGAAAGUUAAGAAGGAAGGCCAGAGUGAAAGUGGUCUCUCUUCAUCCCCAUCGGUGUUAAGCUUCGAAGAAGAACCGGAAAAAACCAAACUAGGAGCUCGUCACUCUCUUCCUCCCAAAACUAAUACCACACCAGCGAAUAAUUCUAGAGUGUUAAAGAGAGUUACUUCAGUUCCGAUCGAAGCUACCCCUCCGCCUCCACCCCCACCUCCACCACUCAAAAGUUUGAGCAACAUUCUUGACAUGGACGACGAACCAAGGGGAGCCGAGAUCGUGGAAGUAGUGGAAGAACCUACUUUAAGACCUUCUGAUAUCGUAAAAGGAAUGUGUAGAAGCAUGUCAUCUUUAACGGCCAGACGGCUCAACUCAUCAUGCUCCGAUUUAACCAUCGUCAGUUUAGACGCCGAAGACUCGGAGAAGCACGGCGGGAUCAACCUGGUGAACAAGCAGAGGGUCUUGCCGUUCAUUCCCCCUUCGUUCCCGGGCAGUGCGGACUCGAACAACCUGAUCAAACCGUCGGAGUACCUCAGGAGUAUCAGUGAUAAACGCGCUUCGAUUUGUUCCACCAGGAGUUUGUCCGAAAGCGAGGACACAUCCGACAAGCUGGAAGUUAAACAGGAACCAGUCAUCCCGGGUCCACCCCCACCACCGCUUCCGGAAUUACUCAAUGGGGACUUCCUGAACAACAACGCGAAGCAGGAACAAGCCCUUGAAAACAAAAAGCAGAACCAGCCCUUGUCGGCAAUCAGCAUCCAGGAUUUGAAUUCGGUCCAGCUGAGGAGGACGGAUAAGAUGAUGGCUUCGAAGACUUUCUCGGCUCCUACGAGGAGUAUGAGUUUGCAGUGUCUCCAGAGUGAGCCGUACUUGGCGCAAAAAACGGAUCUGAUAGCGGAGCUGAAGAUGUCGAGGGACAUCACGGGGAUAAAAAAAUUGAAGAUCGAAAGGGCCAAGACGGAGCAGCAUAAGGAGAAAGAGAUAUUCUCGGAGAUAUCGAGACAGUUUACAACGACGAAGUUCGUAGAAAAGGUACCAGAAAAGGACAACACCGGCAAUAUCAUUCCAGCAUGGAAGCGCCAAAUGUUAGCAAAAAAAGCGGCAGAAAAAGCAAGAAAAGAACUGGAGGAACAACUACAAAGGGAAGCCGAAGAGAAAAGACUGCAAUCUAUCCCUCAGUGGAAGCGGCAGUUACUGCAGAAAAAGGAAGAAGCUGAACACAGAAUGAGAACUACCUUGUACACACCAAAAGUGAUGGAUGAACUCAAAGUAAACAAACUUCACGAAGAAAAUUCGAAACAGAAUCAGCAAAAAGAUGACAAAAGGAGGGAAGAUAUCAACAAUAACGAUGAAAACGAAAAGAUAAUCCACGACAGCGAAUACGAACAGUCAGAUGAAGAACCAGCCACUAUAAUCCCCUGGAGGGCGCAACUCCGAAAAACUAACAGUAAAUUAAAUCUUUUAGACUAGUCAGUUGAUAAAAAAUUUGUUAUUGCUUAGCUUUACCUGUAGUCGUUAAUGUGUAUAUAGUCACAUGGUUUCACUAGAGUAUUAAAAGGACUGCCAACUUUUAAAUACUCUUGAUCAAGACAUAAUUUAGUUCUUAAUUUUGUUUAAUAUUAUUCCAAUAUGAAGUAUAGUGCAUUUAUGCGUAGGUCCUUGCACAGUUUUGAAUAGUGGAAUACUAAUGUCAUUGUCGUUGUUGUGUUGUGGUGAUUCAAAUAUAUUAUUUUAAAUACAUUUGUUUAAUGUACAUGGGAGAUUGAUCUUUUUAUAUUAUAAUACGUAUUUAAUAUUUUUAUUUACUCUAUUCCUUUUUGUAUAUAAUAUGUUUACCACCGAUCUACUGUUAACAUACAGUCUUUUAGUUCAUAAACAAUUAGGUUUGGGAACAUAAUAUACAUUAUGCUAUACGAAAUUUCGAGUUCAUGGUGUUUAUGUAUAAAAAGAGUUUUUUUUUGUUAUCUAUAUUUAUAGUUUAUUAGGUACAUAUACCGAAUAUUUUUUAUAUUGAAAUAUAUAUAAAGUUUGAUGCAAUAUUAGUAUUAAGUUUUAAAGAUACAGGGUGAAAUAUAUCCAACACAGUUUAACUGGGCCCAGUGGUUAAUAGUUACUACUGGGAUUUACUGAUCGCCCUGUAUAUAACUGCAGUCAAUGUAUGUGAUUCAUUUUUGGAUUAGUGUAUUAGUUAUAAUUGUAUCAUUUUUUGUUGCAAUUUCAUAUAUUUUUAUUGUUGCAACGUAAUAUUUUUGCUUGCCAUUAGGUAUUUACUUAUUUAAAUGAUUUUUGCUUCUACAUUAUUUAUCAAAAUUGCUUUAAAGGUUUGGGAACUAAUAUCUAGAAAAUAUAUUUUAUGGUUUAUUUACCAGUA